AUGGCUCUACUCUCAUUAGGCGGCGGAGAAGCUCCCUUAUUAGACAUCGUCGCGUAUGCAGGCUACAUGUUCACUGGCCUUUGUCUCGCUGUCCUCAGCAAGAUCUUGCUCAGUUAUUCGUACUACUUCGUGCUGCCGUGGGCGUGUCUCUGCAUGGGGGUCUUUCUGGUCAAGACAAUGAAGCGCGUCCUCUUCGCCGAGGCUAGGAGUUACGACUCGAGCAGGCAUCACUAUCUCUUGCUCUUCAUUGCUUUGGCUCAAUUCCCACUUUUCAUGUGGCUUGGCAACAUCACUGUUAAUUGGCUUCUCUGA